AUAUCUCCUUAUAUACGCUUUGCGAAUUCGCUACGUGCUGGUUCUAUUUUGUCAUAUUCACUUUUUUGAUACUUCGAGGAAAGUUUUUGUUUAUGAUAACGUGUGUAAGCAGAUUUAUGUGUGAUUACUUAAAAUAUAAUAACAUUCUGAUUAUAUCAUUCGACUUUUCGUGAUAAUUUGAUACUUGAUAUCUAUUUUCUUCCGCAAGCAAAGUGAUAAUAAUUCUCUCUUAACAAUUUUACAUUGGGAGAUAUAUAAAAAAAUAAUAUACUGUAAUUUCAAAGAAGAUCUAUCUAAUUACUUGUUAAUACAUUACAGAUUUUUCUUUUCUUCCGCACGAGUUUAACAUUAAAUUUUAAGAAAGAUGGGUUUAAAAUGGUUUCGAGCACAUUUAUCGUUGACGAAGUUGAAGAAAGAAGCGUCUAGAGUUCCAGGAAUGAUAGGUUUAUAUCGAAGAACUUCGCACUUUGAAUCGAAUGUGAAAAAUGAAGUCUUGGCAAAAAAUGAAGUCUCUUCUCCUUCGAUCACCAGUGAUUCGACAGCAUUUGCCAAUAAAGAAGAAGCGCAACAUAAACGUUCGAAAGCAGACCUUGCGAGUCAAUUAUCAUCAUCAAUUGAUUCGCAAAAGCAUGAUAAUUAUAAGAAUGUAAACACGGACCCUUCUACAUCCAAAGAUUCAGAUUUAAAAGAACAAGCCUUGCCACAAGAUGAGAAAUUAAAUAACAAUAGAGAGCGAAGUAAUAGUUUAAACGUAAAGAGUCGUUCAGAUAAUAAAUUAAUUGACUCAAAUUUAAAAGAACAAUACUUAUCACAGGAUGAGGAAUCAAAUAAGAAGAAUAAAGAGCAAAGUGAUAGUUCAGAUAACGAGUUAGUUGAUUCAAAAGAACAAUACUCGUCACAGGAGGAAUUAAAUAAUAUGAAUACAGAGCGAAGUAAUAAUUCAGAUACAAACAAUCGUUUGGAAAGCGAGUGGUUGGUGAUUUAAGAAAGGAGAGAUAAGAAAAAAAUGUGUUGUAGAAAGUACCAUAUGUAGAAAGAUAUCUUAUAUAUGAAGUUUGAUACUUUUGUCUCGAUUCAGAUAUUUCUCUAUGUA